AUGACGUUAAAAAGUUUAACAAGUAGUCGGAAAGUCGUCGAGAUAAUCAACAGGUAUGGGCAUUGUUGUAGUUAUCAUGUGGCUAAAGAGUUGGAAACAGAAACAACUUAUGCUUCUAGCCAGCGCUCAGCUACAUGUCCGGAAGGUAUUAUAAGAACAAAAGGAUUACAUACUGGUCUUGCUUUCGAUAAUUUUGAUGGAUUUGUUGAUACUUCGUCCGCAGAAAACGCAGCAGUAUUUGAUAAAGAAUUAUCAUUAGAUGUAGAUGAAGCUUCUGUGAAUUUUGGACCUGGUGAGAUUUGGGCAAGAGGUGGUCGAAAAAGAAGAAGAUCGCUUGAGGCGAUAAUUCCAAAUAUUCAGCCUUACAAUAAAUAA